CAUCUCUCGUACAGGCCAUUUUCGUGGUUUUUCCAUUCUGAUCCCAGACCUUACUGGGCAGCGCAUGGAAGUGUUACCAUCCAGUAACUAUGUGACCUUACUUAUUGAUCCUUUCUACACUUUAGGUUGCUAUAUAUAAAAUGGACUCUUUUACUAUCUAUGGAACAAACUUGCUAGAAAAUUGAAUGAGAUAAGACAAGGUGUGUGGUCAGAGAUCGAUAACUAAGCUGGAAGGUCGACUGAGAGAUACAGGUCAGCCCUGGAGAGUUCAGAGUGAAGACGCACUUGACAAGUGCUGUCUUAAGCAGAGCACCCUCCCUAAAGUAUUCUUUACGUGAUCAACAACUUUGGGAACUCCACUGUUGUGGUUUUACUGUGCUCUGCUACAAAAGGCAGUGCUAUUUCUCUGCCAGUCUCAACCAGUGCCUGCAGAAUUGCAGCAGGAGCAAGAGAAACAUGAAAAGAAAAGAAAAAUCGGGCGGCGCCUGUGGCUCAGUCGGUAAGGCGCCAGCCCCAUAUGCCGAGGGUGGCGGGUUCAAACCCGGCCCCGGCCAAACUGCAACCAAAAAAUAGCCGGGCGUUGUGGCGGGCGCCUGUAGUCCCAGCUACUCGGGAGGCUGAGGCAAGAGAAUCGCUUAAGCCCAGGAGUUGGAGGUUGCUGUGAGCUGUGUGAGGCCACGGCACUCUACCAAGGGCCAUAAAGUGAGACUCUGUCUCUACAAACAAACAAACAAAAAAAAAAAUUCAGUACUGUAUUCUAGGCCAGGGUUUUCCAAGACUUUACUCAGGCUAAGUGACUGCAGAUGUGUUUUGCCUCCUGGUGCCCAGGUGCAGUGUUGGGUGGAGGCCUAGCUCAUCAUCUUAUGAAAUGAAGCUAGUUGCCCACAUGUUCUCUUCCAGUCCCAAUCCAGAAGCGAAUCCUCACGCUAGCUUAGUAAUCAGUAGGUGAUAGUUUGAAGACUUGAGCCUGCAGAUGAAGAAGUCCAAGACCGGAGUCCAAGGUCAUGAUUUGUGGUCCAGAUUCGCCUAUCUUCCUUCCUCAGUCCCCUCCUCACUCAGGGGAGCAUCGGAGCCUCAAUCAACAAAUGCAGAUUAACAAAGUACAGAGAGAAAGCUGUAUGUAGAAAACUGUUUCCAGAAGCAGGGAUAGUUAAGCAGUAAAACUAACUGUAUGAAUAAAAAGCAAAUAUGUGCAGGAGUCAGCUUAUAGGGGCUUCCUGAGAACUCACUGCUAAUAUUUCAGAAAGCUUGCAAGCCUCUUAUUAGAUUAUCUGUAGUUUAAAAUUAGCCCUGGUGGGAUUAUUUUCAGGGGUCCCUCCUGCCCCUCCAGAACCAGUUUUCUAGCUGUUUACUAGUUUACUAGUUUACUCCACAAAGGAGCUCCCAACAAUAAGGCUUUGAGGUCGACCAGGAGCAGUAGUUUUGCAUUCAGGCUAUGGAAUCAGGUUUAAAUCCCAGCUCCACUAGCUCGGUGACCUCAGGCAAAUAACCCCUCAGAGCCUAUUUCUUCAUGUGGAUAUAUGACAGCUCACCUGUAUUGACUGCCUACUAUGUGCCAUACAGUAUUGUGAGCAUCCAUACAAAUUAUUCAUUGAUUCCUCACAACUCUAUGAAGAAAAGCUACUAUUAUUCCCACUCCACAGAUGAGAAAAAUCAAGACCGAGAGAGAUUAACUCUACCAAGAUCACACAGCCUGUAAAUGACAGAGCCGAGAUUCAAAGGCAGGCAUCUGGCCUCAGAGCCUGCCCUAUCACCUUCUACCCCACACUUCCUGGCCCUGCAGCCCCUGGCCUCAUGUGGCUAUUGAGUACUUGAAAUGUGGCUGGUCUGAAUCUCAGGUGUGAGAUACACCUUAGAUUUCAACAACAUAAUGUAAAAUAAAAUAUAAAACACCUUGUUACUAUUUACUAUAUUGCAGAAAUAAUAAUGCUUUGGACAUAUUGUGUUAAAUAAAAGGCAUCAUUAUAAUUAAUCGCACCUGUUUCUUUUUACAUUUUUAAGUUGGGUACUUGAAGCUUAUAGAUUACUUUUCUGACUCGCUUUGUCUCUCUGUUCAGGGGAGGCAUCCUGAAUGUGAGAGAUCCCUGUGCACAGGUGUGCACACUAAACCAGUUCUCACAAGGAGCGCCCCUAGCACGGUGUCUGGAACAAAUGAAGCACCAAUAGCUAUUACUAACAUCAGUGAGAUCAGUGGUUUCCAAAUUUUAUAGUCCAGUUUUUCUUUUUUUCCAAACAGCUCCUUAUAUUAGAUAAAAAGAGUAGAGGAGAUUGACAGAGGUGACCCUCGAGGACCUGUCUGCCACAGCCAUUCCCCCUGGACACCACCUCCACGGGUUGGAAACACACAGGAGGAAGUAAUCUUUCAAUGUCCCCAAGUGCCCGCUCUCCCUGUCUGUAAUUUUGGAGAAGGUAAGGCAGUUGGCACUGGACAAAAUCAAGGUGUCGACAGCAGUAUAUUAAAAUGAUCACGGAAAAACACAACCAUUUUGCUUGAGAGAUUCAAAGUGGUUUGGUCCCAAGUCUAGGCACACUCCAGAAAGGGGGGCAUCCUGAAUAUGAAUGGGGCCACCUCUGGGCUCCUGAGUCGUAACCUAUCCAGGUUCACAGUUGACACCAAGGCACCAUGUCAUUGCCACAUGUCUGCUACUGCCCAGUCCGCCCACUCCCCAGAUCCUGGCAGGCCCUGGGCCUGGCUCCAGGCACCAACAUUCUAGGUCUAGAUCCAGGAAGGACCAACAGUGACACUCCACCCAGGCACUACAAUGACUUUGCUGUCCUGAAGGCAACUCUGGGCCCAGCUAGCCAGGGUGUCCGCCAGCCAGGCUCCUGGCUCUCCCUCCAACCCUCACCCCUGGCUCUGGUGCAGUAUGUGUGGACGGGGAGAGCGGCCAACUCUCCACCAGGCUCUUUAGCAAGUUCCACGGGUCUGUUUGUUAAAGAAAAAUUCCAGUGGGUGCAUCCAACACAUGGAACUCAAGUACAGAAAUUAUAUUUAUCCACGCCACUGCCAAGGAGAUCACAUGCCCCGUGAGUCACUCCAGAUGUGCUCAAAAACAGAGUCUCUCUGUGGAAGCCCGGUCCCCCAAUCCCGGAGAGAGUUGGCUGAAAAGAGGUACCGACUCCUGUCCCACCCAGGACGCAGCCCUUGGCCUCCACCCUUCUUGGGCAGGGGAGACAUCUGUGCACUUCUGCAAAAGGGAAGGGUGGGAAGCACGCUGUCUUCUCUCUGGGAGAGUCGGCACAGGCGUACCUGUGACGGCUGUGGUCCCACUGGCUGUGAGGGUCAAUCUUUCAUCUUUUUGGAGGACCAGAUGCAUUGGAACACGUUGCUGCUUCUGCUGGUGUAUUACAAUGCUCAGGCGACUGUGUCCCACGGGUGGUGCAGGGCCGCGCUCUUCCCUGCUGCCCACCGGCCCAAGAGGUCGUCCUCCAUGCCACUGAACCCCGUCCUGCAGACCUCCCUGGAGGAAGUGGAGCUGCUCUAUGAGUUCCUGCUGGCCGAACUUGACAUCAGCCCUGACCUGAAGGUCUCCAUCAAGGACGAAGAGCUCGCCUCUCUGCGGAAGGCCUCAGACUUCCGCACCAUCUGCAAUGAUGUGAUUCCCAAGCGCAUCCCAGACAUCCGCAGGCUCCACGCCAGCCUCUCCAACCACCCUGGCAUCCUCAAGAAAGAAGACUUUGAAAGGACAGUGCUGACUCUCGCCUACACGGCCUACCGCACAGCCCUGUCCCACGGCUAUCAGAAGGACAUUUGGGCCCAGGCCCUCAUCAGCCUCUUCCAGGCCCUGAGACAUGACUUGAUGCGGUCCUCACGUCCUGGAGUGCCUCCCUGAGAGCCUGGCCCACACCAGGACCUGGGAACAGGGGCUAGCAUUCACAGUGACCCAGAAAGUCUUCAUUCUCGACUCCAUCUACAGAGACCAGCAACGAAACACGCACCACCAACACAGAGUGGCAGAGACAAAAUCAGAGUAGCCCCAAUUCUUCUUUGCCCCUUGUAGCUUCCUGGUAGACACAUCUGAUUCAUGCCAUAAGGUGACCUGGGUUGGAAGAAAGGGCUGCAGUGGUGAUCCCAGAUGCAUCCGGAGGGGGAAUGUGUCCCCGGCGACAUGCAGAAGUCUGAAAUACGCCAUCAACACAGAGUGAUUGCUACACACACCCAAAAGUGCCAACAGACCUAGAGGAGACAGCACAGGGGUUUGGGCAUGUCAGGAAGAUGGGGCACAUGUUUCUUUUGUCCUAAGGGACCAGAGUGCUAGGCUGAAUGAACUUUUUUUUUUCCAGAGGUUCUCUAGCAAAUAUAAAAUAACUAGAGCUAUACCCAAACAAAUAUAUUAUUAGCCAUGGAUACAUUUCUUGACUUUUCCUAAAGCCACCAAGAAGAAUCAGUUAGAAAAUCGGUAAGGUUAUGACCUGUAUCUCUUAACUCUUCUUUUCUGAAAACUGGUCUAACAGAAGAAAAACAGGAAGGGGACCCACAGAAAUGCCACCAGUCCAGUUCCAGUCAUGCCGUGUCUUUGGACAGAGAAGCCAAGCUAAGGCUGAGAGGGUCCUCCCAGUGAACGAGGUGCUCCCACGCCCAGGCCUGUCUUAAUGCCAAAAUGAUUUCAUACAGCAUCAUCAGAGAACUAAGUGCUCCAAAUGAAAAUAAUUUUCAGAGGACAGAAUUCUACUCUUUCAGAUACCAACAUUUUCAUUUUAGAAAUACUGACUCAAUAUCUGUUUACCUUAUAUAUAUGACACGCAUGCCUUAAGCUUUUAUUUAAUCUCUUAAAAUAAUCAUUAGAAAUAUUCUGGGCGGCGCCUGUGGCUCAAGGAGUAGGGCGUUGGUCCCAUAUGCCGGAGGUGGCAGGUUCAAACCUAGCCCUGGCCAAAAAAAAAAAGAAAGAAAUAUUCUAAUGAAGGCGUUGAAAAAAAUCUCUAAAAUUCCUUCUAUCUAUGAAAUUUCUGCAAUCAUUUGACUGUCAGAUACUACGAUACUACAAGGGGGCCAUCUGCAUCUGAAAAGUCUGCUGGACCGUCUGUUCCAACCCUGAGAGAUCUCAGGCAGGCUUUGCUAACUCUGUGUCCGGCUCUAAGUUUUUUUGCCAAUCCCCUCCCCCAAUCAGGCCAUUAGACUGCAUCAUCUGUUACCAAUAUAACCUGCCUUUCACUGUUAUAAUUUCAUAUUAAAUAAGAGUUAAGACGAAGGAGUUCAGAGCCAAGCACCUGGGUUCUAAUAAGGGCACCAGCUCAGAGAUCUUUCUGGCUUCUCCCAAGUUCAUAGAUGGGGUCUGGAGGCUAAAGCUGCAAGAUCUCUGAUCUUUGAGUGAGUGAGGAUCCAUAGAGCUAAAUUUGAUUCUGAAAUGGGUAUUUAACAAUCAUCAUUUGAUGAUGAUCAGGUCUGGACUUCUGCAAACUCUUUGAACAAAUGAGCUUUGCCUAGCAGCACAAGCUGUGUGAACUUUCUGGAGAAAUCCUAGGAUGCCAGAGGAAAGUCUUCACCAUCAUCAGAGAAAAAUACAACUGUGCCUCCUGAUAGUCUCAGGCCCAGAAAAUCAAUGACUGUCUCUCUUUCACUCCCUCAAAUGCAGGUUCUGGUCCAUGUUUUUUUGUUCAUUCUUUCUUUCUCUUUCUAAUGUCACAUGUUCUCUCCAACAUGGUCACUUGGUUUGUCUUCUUUUCAUUUCGGUUGGUGUCUCUGCUGCUCUAUCUUCAGGCCCAGUUCUGAUAUCUUUCUAUCUUUUCUUGAUGCAUUUGCAAGUUUCCUCUGGUUGCCUCUUGCUCUGUCUCUGCCUGCCUGUACGCUGCCUCUCACUGUCGUUCACUUUCCUCUGAGUAUCACUGUCUGCAUUAAACAAAAGCCGACAGACAGGCAGACAGAGUUGAGAUCAUCUGGGGCAGAUUCACCUGCUAGCCCACCUUCACUGUUGGCGCUUUUCCUAGAUGUGGAGUGGGGAGUGGAACGUUGAUGGCCUCUAUCCCUAGACAUUGUGCAAUACCCUGACAGUCAGAGUCUUGACAUUGUGCAAUACCCUGACAGUGAGAGUCUUGACAUUGUGCAAUUCCCUGACAGUGAGAGUCUUGACAUUGUGCAAUUCCCUGACAGUCAGAGUCUUGCGUGCAGCCUGGGAGUCCACUGCCCUGAGAGUGGAUCUGAGAGCUGCCGUAUGCUCAGAAUCAUCAGAUAGACCAGCUGCCAGAUGGCUUCUCCCAGUGUUAGGAGAUCUCUAAAUGAGAGGAUGGGUCCCAGGACCACAGUAACAAUGGUAGUUCAUUCAGCCAACAACAAAAACAUCAAAGGUACUCUGUAUUCAUAAAUUGCAAUGUGAAAUUUAUGUGGCAAUCAAUGACUUAAAAAAAUGGAAAAAAAUAAGGAUACAACUUUUUGAAAGACAAAUGAAGACUUCAUUUGCAGAAAACAGAUUCUUAAAUACUAUUUUAAUCUGAAUACAUAUUAAAUAUAUAUAAAUACACAAUACAUAUAACCCAUGAAAAAUUUUAUAGAAAUGACUUCACUAACAUGCAGAAUGAAAUAUAGUAGAACCUCCACAGUUGACCACAUCCCUAUGUUGACCACCUCCUUAAGUUGACCUAAUUUUUAUAGACUGGAUGUAUCCACGUGUUCAGCAGGCUUAGUUCCUUAUGUUGACCACUCCCUAUGUUGGCCAGCUGUUAUAGUCCCUUGGGUGGUCAACUUACAGAGGCUCUACUAUAUUAUGCUCACCACCAUCACCACCAUCCAAAAAACCCAACUUUUUGCCCAAUCAACAAUAGGGCCAGAGAGAAUAGGGCCAGACAGGCCAGAGAGAAAUAGACUCUCCCAUUUGGUCUCAUUACUGCCAUGAUUUACAUACCCUCAGGUAUGACUGGGUCACAUUUACUCAUAGGAAAAACUUGGGAGUAAGAUUCUUAUAGUGGAAACUUGCCCAUGAUGUAUGGAACCAUUUCUGCCAUUUUGAUUCUGCUGAGAAAUUUUAGGACCUAAAAACCCUGCAAGUUACCUCUGUAGUCAGCAUCCUUGUGUCUACCUCCAGGGCCACUCAAAAGAGACACUGACAAACAUCUCGGGGCUAAAAUUUUCAUUGCUCCGUCAUCUCACCUAGAAGCUAAUGAAUCAGUCAAAAGUAUACUAUUUCUUUCAGUAAACUGGUCUAAAGUUAAAUGCUUGAUAAAUGACUUUGUAUAAUAAUCCUUAUUUUCCCAGUCCAUUAUAAUGUCUUCCUUUUCCUUUUUCUAUUGUGUAAAACACAUGUACACAUAACCCAAAAUUUGCUCUCUGAACCAUUUUUAAGCAUAGAGUACAAUAGUGUUAAUAGAAUGUACAUUGUUGUACAUUCACAGACGUCUAGAACUUUUCCAUCUUGAAAAACUGAAAUUCCAUGUCCACUGAAGAACUCCCCUUUGCCCUUUCCCCCCAGCCCUGGGCAGCCAUCAUUUUACUUUCUGUUUUUUAAGAGUUUGAUUGCUUUAGAUACCUCAUACAAGUGGAAUCUGCCUUACAUUUCUUGAGCAUUGGAUUCUGGAAAGUGUUUUCUUCACCUGAAAAAUGGAUAGGGUCCUGAUGGAGAACUACUGGCCUUACUGUACCAUUAGCUUUACCUAGUUUUAUUUAACAAUAUUCAUCUACGGUGGAAUAAAAAUGUCAUGAUGAA